AACUCAGGGCUCAAUGGUCCGCGUGAGAGAGGAAACUGAAACCUUGUCAAAUGUGGGUCGUGGCAUCGAGGAUGCUUGCUAACACUUUUAUUGCUUUAGCUUUUUUUUCUUUUGAGUUUUGCCCUUCUUUUCACAACAAUCAUCCAAAUCCAAAGCUAGGGUUUCAAAAUUCCCCCUUUUCCUGCCAUUGCUAUUUGCUUCCGACGGCGACACUCCGACCAUUGCCCUUCAAGUCGGUGUCGACCAGCCAACGUGCGGCCUACUGGACUUUGGAGAAUCCCCUCCCUCCACUGUGAGAUUGCAAUUUGCAACUCUUGAAGAGGGGGUUCCUGCAUCAAUACACACAAUGUCUGAAUCAUCAGUUUUUGAUAGGAUGAUGCUUAAUCUUCGUGAAUCGUGCAGGUAUUAUACUGGUUAUCCGAAGGACUUAGGCCCAUCACGUGUAAUACAUUUUACAUCGGAGCGUCAAUUUGUCCAGCUUCUUCACCAAGGUUACCCUGUUGUUGUUGCUUUCACUAUUAGAGGAAAUUACACAGAACACCUGGACAAAGUAUUGGAGGAAGCUGCAGCAGUAUUUUACCCUCAUGUCAAAUUUAUGAGAGUGGAGUGUCCAAAGUAUCCAGGGUUUUGUAUAACACGGCAAAGGAAGGAAUACCCAUUUGUUGAAAUAUUUUAUAGCCCAGAGCAAGCUGCGAACCUGGGAAGGGUUACCGAUCCAAAUGUGACUAAAUACUCGGUGAAAGUGCUGCCUUUUAAUCAUGACCUCAGUGCAUAUGGGUUUAGAGAAUUUUUCAAGCGCCACAGGAUUCAAGUGUCUAAUCAGGAGUGAGCCUUUAUCAGGGUGUAGCUUAGUACUGGCCAGUUUUUGUUGAGCUUCACAAUAGACUGUGAUCAGCAAUGCUUUGUGCCUGGAUUUCGGCUUACUGACAGUUGCUGAAGUCAUUGUCGUCUGCAGGAGAAGAGAUCCUUGGAUGAUUUUCACAUGAUAAUGUCUGAAAAUUCUAACAAAAACAUUUUGUACUUUGAGGGGAGAAGAUGCAAUCUCUUCAUUGGUAAAUCGAUUUACACCACACCGCCUCCUUCCACAUGCGGUGUUGCAAAGUCUUGUGUUAAAUUUCCGGUUCUCUUACCUUCCGCUAUCUUCAAAAUGGGCUUUUGCAUUAUUUGGUAUGCAAUAUUAGCCUCUUACUGAGAAAUUUAACCGUGAAAUCUCUGUUUUCAUGCUUUGAAACUGUGCUGUAAGGGAAUUGCGUUGUAACAGGUUUUACGUUUUGCACUAUGUUUACAUAACAGGAAAGAAUUGGGGCAAUGUUAAUGACACUGAAUUAUAUGAAGAUCAUCCUUUUAAAGA